CGUGAAGGAAGCACAGCCAGACUCGCAAAGGUUAACCAGCAGCAAUAUGCUUACCUUCUGGAGCCGGUUUCCUCGGGAUCGAGCACGUUAAUAACCCCGGGACACUGCUAUCGCAGGAGAGGGACGCACCGCUUGCCGGGAUGGAGAUAUCUCAGGACCAGUCUACAGAUGCAGGAAAUUGGAGUGAAUUGCCGGAGGUAUCCCUGAGGCAGGUGUUCCGAUGGCUUGGAGACCAAGACAGGGUCCGGGCAGCCCUGGUGUGCAAAUGCUGGAACCAUGUGAUGCACUCGCCUGCUUUGUGGAGAUCCAGGACGUUCACUUUCUGCGGGAGGCCAUCUAAAUACCGUCGGGCUGAGUACGAAUCGGCCAUCUGGUACGCCAAGAAGUUUGGCAGAUACCUGGUAAACUGCGAGAUUAAGUUCAUGAAUCCGUACAACUCCCUCCUGACAAGGAGAUUCCAAAUAACAAUGAGGAGCUUCCUGGCGCGUUUAGGAAAUGAAAACAACAGAUUAAAAUCGUUCACCAUCCAACAUUUGGAAUUGGACCGCCUCGUGUGGAGUUCCUCUGUUAGGAAUGCCUUCCUAAAGAGUCUGAACUUCUUCCUCCGUCGUGAAUGCAGACACCUUCAAUCCUUCAAUUUGAGGGGUGCACGGUUAGGCAUGGAGCAAGGCUUUUCCAUCUUAAACUCGCUGAUCCACCAGAGGAACAGGAGCUCCAUCGCUGAGCUCAACAUCGAAGACUUCUUCAGCCACCACCUGGCCAUCUACGCCAACCCCACUUUCCCUAAGAUUAUCCGCAGCUUCUGCAGCCUGAGUAGCCUGUCGAUCAACUACAACUGCAUCUCGGAUGACCUUCUGGACACCCUGUGUGAAAGUUGCUACCAGACCCUCAGGACCAUGAACAUUAAAUGCCACGUCCACGAUCCUCACAACCAGGUUGUGUGGGGGCUUUCCUGGUCCAAACUCGCUAAACGGGCUACUAACCUGAAAGUCAACUUUUACUUUGAGCUUGUGAUGAAGAAUGAUCGCCUGACUCGGAUUUUGGUGCCAGAGAUCCCAGUGAGGAGUUUAAAUUUUAGGAGCUGUUACUUCAGUGACCCUGAUUGGACAAUGAAACCUACCCUGACUGAUCUAAUUCCACAUUACAAGAAUACACUACAGAAAUUGACAUUAGAAUUUAAUAAUAGUCAUGAACGGAUAGAUGAUGAAUUACUGCAACUGGUGUUAAUAUGUGAACGGCUGCACUACAUGAAGGUCUGGGCUUUCCUCAGCAUUAAGUUUAUUGAGACAAUGCUACAGUAUCGUCAGGAAGGAAAAUCCAACUUCCGCACCCUUAAGGUGAGAAUCUACAUGCACAAGUAUGAAACAAAUGAAGAAGAUAAACUGCUGCGUAACUUGUACAUGAAGUACCGGGAUCUAAUUGACACAGAACUCAAUUAUUUUGUAAUUACUUACCCCUUGAUGUAAAGGACAGCUCCACUGAAUGGACAACCCAAUAAGAUACAUUUAAGCAGUUAGAGAAUCAAUAAGUGUAUUUGUCUGCCAGUCAAAUAAAACCUUCAGAAAAAAAUGUUAUCAGAGGUACCCAAUGUGUAGGAAUAACUGGGAAUUAUUUUCUACCAUUUAUAAUAUAAAACAUUUGAGUAGCACAGACUAUUUCAGGUCUUAUUGUUGACAUGAGAAGCCAGUUGGAACCUAAGACACAAAACGCUAUGGUAUUGAAUCCACUGGCUGUAGAAAAUGACUGGAGGUCUGUAAUUCAUGUUUGAAGUGGUACAGAGACAUUUGUGAGAUUCUGCAAUUGUGUAGAACAAGCUGGAGAUUUCACUUUUGUAGAGAUUCAUUCAACAGAAGGGCAAUCCCAGUCUAUGCAACACAAGCUUAUCUUGUGCAUUAUCAACCCACGUGUUGCUUUUAACCUGUAUACAACCAAGGCAUUUGCAGUGUAUCAGUGCUAAAAAUAUUUAAAUUGAUUUUCAUUCAAGAUUUAUGGCUGUACCAGAUCUGCUGAUUAGAAGAGCUGUAAACAAGUGGCAAUUGGUUAAAACAGCAGGUAAUUGGUACAUGAUAUAGCAAACAUCUAUAAAAUAAAUUAGCAGAUCAGAACCAUGCAAUGAUGUUCCAAUUUACCAUAUUGCUUUGUACCAUGCAUCUUUUUUUAUUCCUGUGUAGUUAUAAUAAGUGUCCAAUAUAUGUCAGACCUUGAAGGGCUCCUCAGGCUUCAUCAACCCCAGGAAGGGAGACAUGACCUAACCAACACAGGGAAGACACUCAAUUGAAAUCAGGGAAUAGCAGAACAAAAGAACAGUAGGAUCUGAGCUAGCAAAGUAUUCCUAACAGUGAUCCUUAUCCCAGCAGUAGCAUUGUAGAGAUGUACAGGUUUGGUUACUUUCCAAUAAUAGACAGCUGGAUCUGGGUCGCAAAUUAGUUUGGCAGAGGAUAUGCCAUUUAUUGACAGUGCAGACGAGGGAUUACCUGGACACUGUAUAACAGGUGCAUUUAUUUAGCUCAGCAAUUUGGAGGAGGGCACAGUUGCAAAGAUGAAAUUACAUUUUUAAACCAGUCGACAAAUGUGUUCCCGAUUUUAUAA